AUGAAAAGGGAAUCGGCAACGGAACUCCAUAGUCUAGUGGAGAAAUUCGAAGCAAACGUCAAGGUUCUGCAGCAAUUGGGUGAACGUACGGAAUACUGGGACAUCCUACUCAUUCGUAUGCUCAGCAUUCGACUCGAUCCGACGACAAGGCGAGAUUGGGAGGAGUACUCUUCAACCAAACAAGCGAUCACCUUUAACGAGCUGACGUCAUUCAUCCAGCGACGAAUCACGGUGCUACAAGCCAUCAAAGCGAAGACCAUCGAAACACAACCGUCAAUCACACAGAAGAAGCCAAUUCAGCGUUCCGUCUCGAGUCACGGAGCCAGCCAGUUCAACGUUCGGAAUUGUGUCAUCUGUUCCGACCAUCACCCUCUGUACCUUUGCGGGAGUUUUUCGAAGCUUUCGGUGGAAGAAAAGGAGAAGGAAGUCCGUCGUCAUCAACUUUGCCGGAAUUGCCUGCGAAAAGGUCAUCUCUCGAGGGAUUGUUCGUCGUCCACUAAUUGCCGCAAGUGUCGUGGACGUCAUCAUACCUUGCUCUGCUUGAACCAUUCUUCUUCGUCGUUGAAUUCGAAGCCUAUCAGCUCCCAGCAACCGAAAUCUGUUACACCUGCUCCAGCUAUCGAUCCUCCGACCACGUCUGCAUCUGCUACGGUCGUCGAGUCGAUCAGUUGUGCUUCCGCUGGCUACAAGCGGAAGACAAUCCUCCUUGCAACUGCGGUCAUCAUCUUGAUUGACGAUGAAGGAGUCCAACACGUCGCUCGCGCUCUCCUGGACUCAGGCAGCGAAUGUUGUUUUAUCACAGAACGCUUUUCGCAACGCAUCAAGGCUCAAAGGAAGAAGAUUUACCUGCCAAUCACCGGAAUCGGUCAAGCAUCCACUCAAGCUAAGCUGAAGUUUACGUCCACUAUCCGUUCUCGAGUUGGUGAGUACUCCACCAACGUCGAAUUCCUCGUUUUGCCGAAGGUGACCGUCGAUCUACCAGCUACAUCCGUCGAUACUUCGACAUGGGACAUGCCAUCUAGCAUUCAGCUUGCAGAUCCGUCGUUUGACAGCACCAAUCCGAUCGACAUCAUUAUUGGAGCCGAAAUCUUUUUUGAUCUGUUCAAGGUUCCCGGACGAAUUCCUCUCGGCGACAAUCUUCCAGUGCUCGUCAACUCCGUCUUUGGUUGGGUAGUAGCUGGAAAGUCUACGAUCAGUCCGUCUACCGCUCUCGUCGUUGCUAACGUCGCUACAGUUUCAGAUAUCCAUCAGCUAAUGGAAAAGUUCUGGACAAUCGAGGAAGACAGCACUUCGACAGCGUACUCCGUCGAAGAAACCGCUUGCGAAGAACACUUUCGACGCACGAUUAGGCGCAAUUCUGAAGGAAGGUACAUAGUUCGCUUGCCAGUGAAGGAUGACGUCAUCAAGCAACUCGGCGACAACCGUCGCACUGCUGUUCGUCGUUUUCGAAUGCUGGAAGGUCGUCUUGUUCGUAACGCAGACCUUGCCAAGCAAUAUCGUGAUUUCAUGGAUGAGUAUCUGACUUUGGGCCACAUGAAGCAAGUGUUCGACUACCAAGCGCCUCCAUCUCCAUGUUAUCACAUGCCUCACCACGCUGUGGUUCGAGAAGAGAGCACUACCACGAAGCUGCGAGUGGUAUUGGAUGCGUCAUGCAAGACUCCGGAGGGACCAUCGCUCAACGACGCACUAAUGGUAGGCCCAACCGUUCAGCAAGACAUCCGUUCAAUUAUCAUGCGCUCCAGAAUCCGUCGAGUCAUGAUCAUCGCUGACGCAAAGCAAAUGUAUCGGCAAGUUCUUGUAGACGAGCGUGACACUCCGCUUCUACGAAUCGUUUGGACGCCAUCGCCGGACCUACCAUUAGGUACCUACGAGCUCCUAACAGUCACAUACGGCACUGCAAGCGCACCUUUUCUCGCUACUCGAGUUCUCCUGCAACUGGCAGAUGACGAGCAAGAGAGUUUUCCUGAAGCAGUUGAGAUUCUACGUAAGGACUUCUACGUAGCCGACCUUUUCUCGGGAGCAAAAAGCGUCGAAGAAGCAAUCGAACUUCGUCAGCAACUGGAAGCACUCCUCGCUAAAGGCGGAUUCCAACUUCGUAAGUGGGCAUCCAACGAAGAAACUGUUCUGGAUGGCCUCGCACCAGAAAAUCGAGCGCUCAAAGCCUCCAUUGACCUGGAUCGUGACCAAUGUAUCAAGUCCUUGGGUCUUCAUUGGGAACCCGCAUCGGAUCAGCUGAAAUACCACAUCGAGCUUCCGGCAGACUCAUCUGAUUCUCCUCUCACCAAGCGAAUCGCGUUGUCGCAAAUUGCUCGUCUCUUCGACCCACUUGGUCUACUGGGUCCUGUUGUAAUCUCUGCCAAACUCUUCAUGCAAGCACUCUGGACGUUGAAGGACGAUGACGGAAAGGUUUGGAACUGGGACCAAGAACUUCCGAUGCCACUAAGGGAACGUUGGAAUAUCUACCGCUCUCAGCUACCUCUUCUCAACAGCCUUCGUAUCGAGCGGUACAUCCUUUCUUCGACUCCGUCAAGCGUUCAGUACCACUUCUUCUCGGACGCUUCUCAGCACGCAUACGGCGCGUGCUGCUACAUUCGAUCGUCAGACUCUUCUGGAGCAGUGAAAGCAGCCCUGCUGACCGCUAGAUCCAAGGUAGCACCCUUAAAACAGCAGAGCAUUCCUCGUCUAGAACUUUGUGGAGCACUUCUCGCCGCCAAACUCUACCAAAAGGUAACCGCAUCUCUCGAGCUUCCAGGGGAAACCUUUUUCUGGGUCGACUCUACGACGGUUAUUUGCUGGUUGAAAGCUACGCCGUCAACGUGGAAUACUUUCGUAGCCAAUCGUGUCUCCAAAAUUCAGUUAGCUACGCAAAACUGUUCUUGGAAUCACGUCUCCGGACAAGAGAAUCCAGCAGACUACCUAUCCCGAGGCAUUCCGGCAGAGAACUUGAUCGAAAACCAACUCUGGUGGCAAGGACCGAAGUGGCUACAACUAGAUCAACACUCUUGGCCGAUCGAGCAAAUCAACAACGAAUUCAAUAGCGAAGCACUCCACGAAGCAGGAAAGCGAGCAACAACCGGCUGUCCAGCCUCAACAGAACCAUCGUUCAUCGACUUGUACGUGGACAAGUUUUCCAACUACGAUCGGAUGCUUCGAGUAACUGCAUACUGUCGUCGGUUCAUCCAACAUUGUCGUCGAGCUCCAGCUAACAAUACGGAAACGAAUUACAUUUCUACGGACGAAAAGAACGCAGCGGAAGCAACCCUAAUUCGACUGAUUCAAAAGCAAACCUUCGCAGACGAAUGGAGAAAUCUCAGAUAA